AAGCAAAUGCGCGAAUAUUAUGAAAACGUGUACAUCCCUUUUCUACCACUUGUCCUUUUUUGGGGGUCGUUGGGGGUGCUGGAGCCUUUCUCAGCUGCCCGUUGUAAAUGUUUUUGAUGAACUAAAUGCCGCGUGUUUCUGGUGGUAAGGCUGUAGGUACAACUACAAGAGACACGUACGUUUGUUUUGUUACCGUAAUACCGGAUUGUUGCAUUGUGAAAAUAUUUGGCGCGCCAUCCAAAGAUAAAACAGAACUGGAAAUGAAUAGUCACUAUUUAGUAGUUUAGUUGGAAGUAUGGAAAGUUGCUCUCAUAUCUUUCAAAUCUCUGGGAUCAAAAUUCGGGAUGAGAAGAGGUUUUUGAUCCAGGGCAUCCAUCAGUUGGGUGGAAAGUACAUUGGGGGCUCAGUCUUCCAGAGCGCUUGCACACAUCUCGUAGUCCCUCAUGUUUUAUCCAGUGAGAAGUUUUUGGCAUCUUGUGCUGCAGGAAAGUGGGUCGUUACUGUAAACUAUGUUCUGGACAGCGUUAAGAAUGGUUCCUGGCUCCCGGAGGUACCGUACGAGCUGUCUGUUUCCACAGGCACCAAGUCUGUCUUCUAUCCUGUCAGACAGUGGAGAGAGAAAGUGAUCAGCGGGAAAAUAAGCGGGGCCUUCCAGGGCUGGAGGGUUCUUCUCAUGGUCCGAAAUACUAACCGCUCGCCCGUGUUCAAACGGCUCCUGAAAGCGGGCCAUGCCAGUGUAUACAGCUAUCCUCCUCCAGCGGAUGUCCCCAUCACUCAUGUUAUGGCUAAGCCAAUUACAAAUGAUGCAAGAUCCCAGAAUGCUCCUUGCAUUCCUGUAAGCCACAUUGUCAAGCACCUCUUUGGGAACAAUUCUGUCAACAUGAAUUUCAGCAUAACAAACGAUGACUAUGAAAUAAACGAGACCAGUGUUUUGGACGUUGACUUCUCUGAACUAGAAGCAGAGCUCAAGGAGUACGCCAUCAAGCAAGAGAGGCGACCAAGAAUGUUCUUCCUUGAAUUUUUGGAUGACCAUGCCCCGUAUCGUCCUCAGUCACAGACAAGUGAAACAGACCUCAGCAACGUUGGCAGCAUGAUCGAGUGUGGCCUCUCCAUUGAAGCUCUGGACACAAUCCGAAGUGCAGUUUUCCCAGGGUUUCUGCCACCAGCGCCAUACAUGGUCUCUCUCAUGGAAUACGCCCAGCAGGGCAGUGCCACACCUGUCUUCAUGAGGAGUUUCCAGCAAAUAUUGCACAGGUUACUUGUUAACAACCCUCCUUGGCUCGCUCCCACUACCGUGAAAAAAUAUUUCAGUCAGCUGUUGCAGUGUCCUCGCUGCAAGACAGGGCAAUGGCCUUUUCUGGAGACAGCCAUCAGUUACUGUCUGUCAAGUGAGGCCACUUGUCAUCGGCUCCCAGGACCCACCCUGCCAACACUCUUGCAGUUCCACAGAGACCUACUGGAAUUCUUUCUCAAACUCUUCCAAGGGGAACUCCACUCCAUCACUACUUGUGAUUUCCUGCAGCUUUCUGGUACAGCAACCUCUCCGGUAUCUACAUCAGGUACAUUGCUGUAUGGAACCUUCUGGACUGUGUGGGAGCGAUCGACACUGUUGUCUUGCGCUGUGAAAAAGCUCAUCCAACUCAUGAUGCAGGCAGCCUCAGCGGACCAUGCUGAGAAGGACGAGAAGAAUCACAAACGACAUCUAGUGGACAUCCUGCUGGGCCUCCUGUCUGUGUUGGUGGAGUUUUGGUGUCAGCAGCACAUAAAACUGAACCAGAAACUUGUGGAAAAGGGCCUGAAAUGUCUUGCAGAGCACUUUGCUGUCACUAGCCAAAGUCUGUCUUUAGUGUUCCUAGCAGAGCUGGUUGCCAAAGUUACAUCCACAAGACUUAGACUGGCGUUGGUGGAUGCGAUAUUCAGGAAUAUCUGUUGCAAAAAUGAAAUUACAGUGGGAGAUGAACCCCUGUCUCUCAAGAAAGUGGUGCUGUCCUACCUGCCUGCUCUCGGACAUUUAGCUCAAAGCCACCGCUGGAUGCAGCAUACCUCCAACAGCUGCACAGACCCGGACACCAACUGUGGAACUCUGAGCCCAGUGGAGGAUAAAUCGGGGAAAGAAUACAUCCUGAGAGGUCUGAACAAAGUUAAUGCAGCAGGAGAGACCCUCCUCCACAUAGCUUGCAAGAAGAACCAAGUGGAGACGGUGCUGCAGAUCCUGGCGCUUCCUGGCAUCGACGUCAACGUUAAGGACUACACAGGGUGGACCCCUCUGCAUGAAGCAUGCAACCACGGCAGCACCGCUUGUGUGGAGGCUUUGUUACGUCACCGCCCCGCCCCUCUCCUUAAGUAUGCGGUGGGUGGAGUUACCCCACUGCAUGACGCCGUGGUCAACGGACAUAUGGACAUCGCCAAAAUGCUUCUGGAGACUGCAGGUUCUGAGCUCCUCCAGCUGACUGAUGGAAAAGGUUGUACUGCGUUGGACUUGGUCUCCGCACAAAGUCAGAAGGCGGAGCUUGUCCGCAGCGCAGAAGCAGGUGACUCCAACCUGAAGAAGGCCACAGAGGGGAUGAACUACGCUCUCUUGGAGGCGGGCUCUUGCAUGCUGGCACACCUCAUUGUGUGCCACCUGCAGGAGACGGGCCUGCCCGGACGCAUGGAGCCCAGCCACAUGGCCUCCGGCCUGGGGAACAAACUGGUCCAGGCCCUGGAGAGGCACUCCCUCCAAAAAGUGACGCAAGGCUGGAUGGACCAACGAGCGGUGAGACUCGUACGCGACACCGACACUCUGCUGGAGUUUGCCAGACAGAAACUGUCAGGGCAAGUGUGUGCUGUGGUGAAGGAGCACGAAGGGGAGAAUACGUUGCUUCUCAUGGAGAUCCUGGAGAAUCUGGAGUCUCAAGGACAAAUACUCUUGGCUGAAGUCGACAAAGACUUUAGAAAUUAGCCGUUGAAGACGUUGGUGUUGUAAUUGAGCACAUGAAGGUACAUUAGGAAGGGGACAAAUGUUUGCACAGUUUUUCAUGUUACAAAUGCAUACAUUGACUAUUAUAUAUGACUAUGAGAAAUUGUUAUUGACAAGUGUUAGAGUGUAUUUACUGUAGAUAUACUGUACAUAUUUAAACUCACAUACUACCUCAAGCUUGUUUGUACGAUUGGAUUAACAAAAUAAAGAAUUGCCUUGUUCAUACCAGAGUGGCGAGACAUGCUCCAAAUGAAAAUGCACGCGCUCCUGUGCAUGAGUAGGAAUCAAAGGAAUGCUGAAACAUAAUUGCGCAUUGAAGGAAUAUUUCACCUGAGUACAAUUGUUACCCUAAAUAACACUAUAUUAUUGCGUUUUGUCCUUCAAUAUCCACGUUUCACACUACAAACACAUGUAUGAUUUGUUAAGUUCCGAAAGCUCUCCCAGAAUGCUUUGCGGCAUUUGAUGUUAAACAUCUUCACAUGAAUCCAUAAACCGUACGUUAGAUUGUUUAUUUGUAGUAUGAAACAUGUACUGUAUAUUGAAUGAAAAAAUACAAAAUGAUAGUGUUGGUAAAUGAAAUAAUCCUUAAUCUCCAUAUUUCUUAGACUCUUGCACACAUGCAGCCUGGCAAUGACAGCGCGGGUGACUACGUGGAAAGUCUGGUAACAUCUGAUCUUAAACCAGGGCUGGUUUAGGGCUCGGCAGGCAUUUGUGAGAAAUGUAAAAGGGGCAUCUUGUGUACAUCAUGCUUUUUUUCUGUGCUAAUGCAGUAUGACAUUGCCUUCUUCAUUCAAUUUGGUUGUUCGCUAUGUGUCCAACGCCAACCUGGAGAAGUGGAUUGCACUUUGUCAGGCCUCUACCUUCACACCUGUGCAACUUGGGUGGACCACCUGAAGACUGAGGCCCUGUCUACAUUAAGCCGGAUAACUCCUUAAACAAAUAUUUUUUUAGCCUAAGCUUCGUGUCAGCUACACUAAACCAUCGUUUAAGGUUCCCCUCCUUAGAUAAUUUUUUACACGGGUAAGUGCGCUGUGUAUUUCUUGAAUCUCCAGCUCCUAGCUUUGUAUGGACUCAUCAAUCGUUUACAAACUGAGUUCGGAGAAGAAGUGACGCCAGAAAGACCGCGCACCACACAGAAAGUGAUGUCAGAAAGACCACGCCCCACACAGGAAGUGACGUCAGAAAGAACGUGCCUCAGCCAGCUUCAUAAUAAAGCGGUUUCGUAACUCGGAGCUAACCACUGGAAAUAUGGAGUAUAGUCAUCCAGACAUGCAUUUAUGUACAGAUGGAAGGAGAAAUCACACAUGAAUACUUUAGGAGAAAGCGAUUGCAGCUAUUUCGGAUACAACACUUCUCAGACGGCAAGAGAACUUUCGAAUUCUACUUACCGAAAAACGUUGUCCAUUUGUCAAAGGAGAGUCAACGAGAAUACGGGCUCCCGUGGAUGUGAUAAAAAAGGUAGCGUGUGCUUUGUAUUACCUGGCCGUCGGGGGAAGACUACGGAAAACGGCAUGUAUGUCGCAGACUUAACGUCUCGGUCCAGAGUAUAUAAAGUCACCAAAAACUAAUGGACAAUGAAGGUGAAGGCAAAAAAGUGAGGAGUGUCCUGACCAGAUAUCUAGAUCCCUAGAUUGAUUGAUGUAAAAUGUUCUUUAUCACAUUGUUUA